AUGAAGUACCAUCCCGCUUCUGGUGGGUUCUGGGCGUUCCUGGCCAUCGCCUGUUUCGCCGUCUUGUCCAACUGCUUGCACCUUGGGGAUCAAGUUUUGGUUUUAAGACCUUCCUACCGUUCACGAGUUCUUGACCGUUCCAUGCUUCUCUUGGCUGCCUCUGCACCAGAUGAUGAGAACGACUCCCCGGCUGCGUAUGACUUUGGUAACCCAGACGACUCCACCGCACCUACUGCUGCCUAUCCUUUGCCUACUUCCACAGCUGAUAUCGAUGACGAGCCGUCUUACAACCCCUAUCCGGCUCCGACCAGUCAUUCGUUGACUGCCACGACCAAGCCCAGAUCGCCCGGAAUCAGCAAUGGCUCGGAGAUAGAAUCUACAUCUACUGCUGUCACACAAGAGCCAUCAACUGGAGAGGCACUAUCAUCAAACACCACUACGCUAUUUGACUCUAGCGCAGACCCUGCUUCGCAAACGGAUGCGCAUGGAGACGAGACUGUCACUGUGACGGUCACAAACUUCGUCUCGAGCGAACCGACUAGCACAGGAGCAGCAAUUACCUCUCCCCCUUCAAGCUCACAUGCCUCUUUUAACGCAUCUACCUCCUCGACAGUGUCAGAUAGCUAUGUCUCUGUUAUCACAAUCACGUCUCUCCAGACGAUCACGUUGUCCAUCGAUCGCACUUUCUCUAACGCAGAGCAGACGUCAAGCCUUUCAGGAUCGCAGGUAAAUACUACAUCAACUGUCAAAACUACAUCGAGCCAGACCUCUACGUCUGCGGGCCCUGUUACCUCCUCCGCAGCCAGCAUCAUCACCAUCACGCGGACGGAGGCUCACGCAGGCAUGUCAAAGACCACUGGAGAUGCAACUGAUCCAGUUACGUCCAAGGAAAUUGCCACUUCCACCAUCGAAUGGCCCACUCCAAUCUCUCGCAUCCCCCCCUUCUCUGCUUCGUUCAAUCUAUCAUCUGUCACAGGACCAGCGCUGAACUCCGAUGCCAGCGGUGCAGUGACCUCGCUUCAAUCUAUUUCCCCAUCAGGUACUACACACACGGUGUCUGAAAACAUCACUGUCACUUUGACCGACCGGCCAGGGACAAGAUCGUGGGAGGCGGAUACCACUCGCACAGAAGUUCCAACCAACACUAGGAGCAUCAACGCUACAAGUGUAGCCUCGGGCACACAAAGCACUGGCACUAUGUCUCCCUUGUCGGAUCUGCCGAGCAGUCUCAACAGUACAACAUCUACAGCCAAUUCUACUGUUUCUGAGACGCCUGUUGUGAGCGUCUCCACGCAUUUUGUUACCAUCACUGUGUAUCCUACGCCCCCGGAGACAACAGCUUCGACCCAUGAGACCUCGGUGACUCUGCACAGCAGCAGCACUACAACUUUGACUGUCACCCCUUAUCCUUGGAGCAACGCCAGCUCAUCGGCGUUUCCCACGACGGGAGGUUUUUCAACGCGGUUGGAGCACCAGUCUUUCAACGGUUUCUGCAACCUCCAGCGUGAUUGGAACGGUUCUGAAUACCACCACCUGGGCUUCGACCGAUGGCACUCGGCCAACAUAUGUCAAUACUACUUGCGAGCACACCCAAAUUGGUUCAAAAUCUGCGUAUGCGACCAACCAAAGCACUGCAACUUCGUCCAGUUCUGCUGGCACCAGCUCGAAUGCAACGGUGACAGUGACAGUGACAUAUCCCGCCCCAUCAACCUUCGGAACCACGGUCUCGCCUACCUCAUCCGCCGAAGACGAUUGGACUUCGGCCUAUCCUUCGCCUUCUGGGAAGAGAAUGCCUGGCAGCCCUAG